AUGGAUAGAGUUAUUUUAGAUGUCAAUGACUCGAAUGCUAGAGCUGGGAUUAAUCAGAAUCUAACUAAGCGCUACAUUGGUGCUAUUGAGGUUUAUUGGCAUGGUGCACAACCUGUCUUUUUUGGUGACCUCACCGGGGAAGCCUUGCAAGCUAAAAUGAAUGUGUCACGAGUUCUCGUAUAUCCCAACGAGCAGAAAAAGCUUUUUCAUAUGAUCUCUUUAAUGAACGGUGCUGUUCGAAGAGAACGCACGUUGGAUGUCCAGAAUAUCCUGGAUGGGACCUCCCCUUACCUUACGGCCAACGCCUUCCUAGCCAAGCUCGAUAACCUUUACAUUUCUGUAGAUAUCGAGCGGGAGGCUGCUAUCAAGUUCGACAACCAUAAGAUGACCGAAAAGAUGAAUUUUCAGUCCUUUUACACCAUGCUGGAGUAUCUAGGAGAUUUGUGUCAUAAGACAAAGCGGGAUAUGGUUCAGGCAAUGAAGCUGAAAGUCACGGAUGACUUGAAGGCUAUGGUGAAGCAGGAUGCCAAUCCCUGCACCCCGGCCCCGCCUGCCGCUGGUGACCCGAUGGAUCUCCAUGCUAUCAACGCUAACGCAAGAAAGCAGACUAAUAAGGAGCAAGAACGUCAUUUGGGGCUUUGUCAUUAUUGCAAAGAACCCGGUCAUCGCGUUUGGGAUUGUACCACCAAGAAGCAAGCCGAUAUUUUGCGAAACUCUUAUAAUGCCGCCAAUGCACCCAAAGUAUGCAACCCCAAUUGGUUUGGAGAACGUCCCCAAGGUUUUCAACCCCGCCCCCAGAACCCACUCGCCCGAGGCGGCUUCCAAGCUGGCGGCUCCCAAACCGGUUAUGAGGGAAGUCAAGGUCGACCCCCGCAGAACAAUGGUUAUUUUGGUCAACGAAACUAUAAUCAAUUCCCCAACUCGCAGAAUCAGGGAUUUCCACGACUAUACCAGCUCAAUAACGUCCAAGGAUAUGUCGAGGAGGAGUCAUUGGCACCAAGUGAUAGUGGUUCUAAUGCAACCUCGCGUACAACAUCCUCGUCUGGCUUCUUUCCGGAGCAGGGAAAUGCUUAA